UACCUCUGUUAUUGUUUUCAACCUGUCGAGUACUUACUUCCGCGUCACAAUCAGGUUUAGGUCCACCUAGAUCUGAGUUCAUGGAAAAUUUGCUGGACAAAACUUCAGAUCAAAAUUACUGCUCUGUGAGUGAGCGAUCCGAUCCGUAUUUUGGUUUUAUUCCUCAACUGUUUGGAGGUGUGCUUGAGAAAUCGUUGUCUGGAAUUAUCAGUGAUACUUGUUGUGGUUAUAAGACAGUAGAAAAGAUAAAUGACGAAUUAUUUCCACAAUUACAAGAAUUAGUUAAAACCAAUUUUUUCAAAUACUAUAAGCUCAACCUUUAUAAAGAAUGUCCAUUUUGGACAGAAUAUGGUCAAUGUGUAAAUCAGGCAUGUGCGGUAGAGACUAUUGAUGAGACUGAUGUCCCAGAAAUGUGGCGCAGCGAUGUUCUUGGUGCUCUACUAACGUCACCUGCUGGACCACUUUUUCAACCUUAUAAAAAAUGUGAAUUCAAAGAACAAGAUUUUUGUGUGGUGGAAGAUGAAGCAGACGUAGAGAGUGUAUUUGUCAAUCUUCUCGAAAAUCCUGAACGAUUUACAGGUUAUGCUGGAUCCUCCGCCGGGCGCGUGUGGAAAGCCAUAUACGAAGAGAAUUGUUUUAACACUGCUCAAACAACCGACUCCUUAGGAGGUAAAAGCCAACCUUAUUCCCCUCUCAAAAAAAGUAAUUUAGCAGGGAUAUUUAAUAAGAUUACAAAUCAGCCUGACGCGGUCGAUAGUGAUGUCUGUUUCGAAAAACGUGUAUACUAUCGGUUAAUAUCCGGUCUUCAUUCAUCUAUAUCUGUACAUAUUUGCAAUGAAUAUUUAAAUCAAACUACUGGCCAAUGGGGGCCUAAUCUUGAUUGUUUUAUCUCAAGAAUUGGUUCUCAUCAGGAACGUUUAGAAAAUGUAUAUUUUACUCAUGCUGUUCUCUUGAGAGCCAUUUCAAAAGUGUCAGACUAUCUUAAGGGAUAUGAAUUUUGUACGGGAAACAAAGUUCAAGAUUCUGAAGUGAAAAAUAUGGUCAAUAAGCUUGUUAAUACAGCAAAGUUGAUACCAGAGACAUUUGACGAAAAACAAAUGUUUGCGUCAUCCCAAUCGUCUUUGUUGAAAGAAGAAUUCAAAGCACGAUUCAGGAAUGUCUCCAAAAUAAUGGAUUGUGUUGGAUGUGAUAAAUGUAGAUUAUGGGGAAAAUUACAGAUAUCUGGUAUUGGAACAGCAUUGAAAAUUCUGUUUUCGUAUGAUGAUGAAUUUUUCAACCCGAAAGUAAACCCAAAUUUAUUAACACGAACAGAAAUUGUUGCAUUAUUCAAUACAUUUAAUCGAUUAGCAGAAAGUUUGAAAGCUGUCGAAGGCUUUAGACUGAUGUAUCAACAAAGAAUAAGGGCUAACACAAUGCGACCUCACGGUAAACUAAACGCAGAGGCUACUGGUAAUAAACAAGGCCCAACUUCACAAGAAAACGGCACUGCGGACCCUAAACACCAAGAGAAAGACAGAACUCCAGUCGUGUCCAGGUCACAGAGAGCUGGUUUACAAUUCCCGGUUGGUCGUAUUCAUCGUUAUCUGAAAAAGCGAACUCUGAAUAAUGCGCGUGUAGGCGCGAAAGCGGCUGUCUAUUCAGCUGCUAUUCUAGAAUAUCUUACAGCAGAAGUUCUCGAGUUAGCAGGAAAUGCGUCUAAAGAUCUGAAAGUCAAACGUAUCACGCCACGUCAUCUACAAUUAGCAAUUCGUGGUGAUGAAGAGCUAGAUACGCUGAUUCGAGCUACAAUCGCUGGCGGUGGUGUUUUACCA